GACUAUUACCUAUUUAUUCUGUGCAUGGGUCAAAAUUCCGUCACACCAUGACAGUAAUGUGUGAGUUUUCGAGCGUUUUUCUAUGUUUUACGAUAUUUGUACUAGAAUUAUUUUGGAAGCGUAACUAGGUGAUAGAUUGAUCGAUAUUGUACUAGGCGCCGUCAGAGUAAAGGAUCUGUGAUAAAUAAAGCAUUAAAAUAGACCAAUGGGUCUCACAAGCAAUACCGGUUUGCUGGCGAGCGUGCCGCAAAAACACACACUUGCAAAACAGAAGAGCAACGUCGAGCUGCGAUGUGACGUCACCCCAGCGCCGUUCAUGCUGCGGCCCUACGCUGGUCUCUACAACCCCUUCCCCCACUCUUGCUCCGUGUUAUGCAACCACCCCGCCGAUACCGAAGCCAAGGAGUACGUGAAGCGGGUUAAAGACUCCUGGCUCUUGGAGGGAAAAGCCCAUUUUCUGCACGAAGAUUUAUCGAAGUUCCAAGAGCAAAAUGCCGCCGAGAAAAAUAAGACGCCCCAUGACAUUGUCACUGAAGAUAUGUUUAGAAGGUAUACCGAAACAGACUCGCGACCUCUCACGCCAGCGCCGACACUGGCCAGCGGCAAGUCUCGGGGCUCCAGGAGGUGCCUCACGCCCGACCAGCCGCACCAGAGGACCACGAUCGUGCUUGACUUGCGCAGGAGUCACAGUCAGGAAACCCUAUACUACCACGGCUACACAACAUCAGACCUGACAGCGGGUCACACCACCAGUGUGACCAAUGACAGAUCCACUCUACCGUCACUGAAUCUCUCCGAUGGGGCUCACAACCGCCUCAUCAAGGGGCAGUGUGAACAGCUGCCCCCGCUUGCAUCGCCCCUGGUUCUGUCGCAGAGGACAAUACCGGUGAAGGAACCCCAAAGUGUACGGGUCGCAAAGAAGAAUCAAAUCAAGGCACUGAACCUGGGUAAAGCAGUAAAGAGCAAGAACAAAGCUGAAGCUCCCGCAUCUCAGCGCUCAAAGUCUGACAAGGAGCCUAACGAAGACGCAGACGAGGUCAUUGCUAAUGGUGACGAUGGAGGGGAAAGUAGAAGACGCGGAAAGCGCCGGCGUAAAGGCCGCGGCGCAGGCAGCGACCGGCUGACGUCAGCCGGGCUGGCGGCGCAGACGCAGCAGGACCCUGAAACACAAAUUGCCGGCAUCGUCACCGACUCCCAAAACCCCAGCUCCCGAGGUUCCGUGGCGGAGUCGGCUGAUGACGACAUCAUAAUCCCGCCAGUCGUGAAGGUGGGACCGGCCAGGAAGACCGACUCGUUCCUGGAUGAUGACAUACUGAAGUACUUGCACAGGGAGGUCGAUGAGGAGGCCAUUGAAACGGAGUUUGACACUAAGAGACGCUACGUCCUCGAAGAAGCGCUUCGGACGCGCCCCGACCGUCAGUACGGGCAAGAGAUGCAGGCUCUGCUGAAGGAGUACAAAGUGCCCAAAGUGAGCCUGGGCGACUGGCUGCAUAUACCGAGGGUCUUCUCAAGGCAGAACGGACAGUUUUCACUGCCCAUAGAUACUGCGGCGCUUGAAGGCUUAACACCAAUGAACUACGCGGCAAGAUUCGUGACUGUGAAGAAGUCGAAACAGCUUCUCUAUCUGACAGUGCUCAGGAAGUUUAGGUCGCGUGGCUACAGGGUGCCUAUUGAGAACUUAAAAGAAGGCCUCAUACUGAUGAUGGGCGGCAUCUUAAAUGAGAAGCAGGCCAGCAAUUUCAAGAGCAUAAUGGACUGGGAAUCGUAUGAGGAGGAGGAGAACAUUCCAGAUGACAUCAAGCUGACUCUCCUCGACACUGGCUUUAAGAAACCCAUGGUUGACGAGACUGGCGAAAAUGGGGAAGUACUGUCUGACGAGAACACGAUAAAGUUCCGGACGUGGUGUGGGCUGUGCGCCAUUUGCGAGCGAAUGUACGGGCGGUUCCCACCUAGAGAUAAAGAUCCACCUGAUGGGAUGGAGCUAAGCGAUUUCACAAUGGUGGAAACCAAGUUGCCAGUUCUCAAAGUUCAUAAGGGCCUCGUAGAAAUUCUGAAUGUAAUAAGGGAAAGAUAA